AGCACUUCCAGUGGGGAAUCUGCUCUUGGAUCUUGUGCAUAGUUAGAUUUGGUGCAGGAUCCAUGAGCCCAUUCAUUUGAAUGGGGAAUGGAGGGCUAAGGAUAAGCAAGGUAUCUACCUCAAGAGGUUUAGUUUUCUUUAUUUCCUUUGCAGAAAAUACAAGUCCCAAUCCUACUACUGAACCAGCUACACAACCCAUUAUGAACAGGACAACAGAAAUUAUUGUUCUAUCAACAGUCAUCCCCUUACUGGUGGUGCUUGGUUUAGCUGGAUUACUGAUCUGGCUUUAUCUAUGUACUCAAUCAAAGCGUGUUAACUUCUCCAGAGCAAGUACCAGAAGGGUGAAUACAACACCACCAGAUAUUCAAAACAAGUAUAGUACUCACGUGGUGAAUUGUUCUGCCGAGCAGUUUUCUAGUUCGGAAGCUCUGCCAACCUGCCAUGUCAAUAAUGCACUAUAUGCUCAACAAAAUUAUGAAAAUGUCAUGAUAGACCCCACUAACCAAGCUGUAGAAUGUACAACAAAACCAGCUUGUGAACCAUUUGCAGCUUCCGAGCAGAAUGAGGUUUUACAGGCCAUGGAUUUUGAUGAUCACAUUUAUGAAAAUAAUCCAUUAGCAAGUAACUCUGCUGUGUACUGUAAUUAUACAGACCUGGCCGGUUUUGAAGAAGAUGAUACUUACAUUAUACCAAGUGAAUAGUCAGUUGAAAGUUUGAAGUUCCAGAAUAUUAUUUAAUGGAAGAUCUUUGACUGUUUCUUUCAGAUAUUGAACAAUUGUUAAUGGGAUGCUUAAGUAACAUAUGUUAAUUUGCUAAAAUUCACUCUCCAUGCAGUGCCCAAUGUAAUCGAACAAGGAAGUGAAAUACCUCCUUAAGGCUUCAAAGAAAAAAUAAGGCAACGGCUUACCAAGGACAAUAUCCUGUUAUGAGAUCAAAUGGAUAACCGUGAAAAAGCAUUGUGCCAUGUCUCACUUAUUUUCUUUCAAGGUCAUCUUUCCAAGCAGAGAAACAGUUAAAAUUGAUUGGUUCCUCUUCAGAGACUUGGCAUUAUGGACCAACACUUGCUCCAAUUUGGGAGCACAGAGCAAGUUGUGGGCUAUUAUGUUCUUCUUUUUCAACCAAGGAGAAAGAAGUCAACAAGAAGUUAUGUGGACAUCAGAUAGCAGCUCAUAUGAUCUUUUUUUUCGCUAGCAUCCACAUCAAUAAAAAAGAAAUCGCAUUCAAUAUAAUAUCAAAAUUCUGAUUAACAAAAUAUCACCAAACUAGUGUGAAUUUUGUCCAAUAGCAUCUUGACGCCAACAGAUCAACAACAGAGCUAUAUCUUAUGGUAUGUCACUCCAGGGACCAGAGGAAUAGAGAACGAACCCAUGGAGUAGCUUUACCAGUCAUUCUGCACCAGUUACCAGUAAUUUUCGAUGGUCCUGAUGGUCAGAAAUAUGUUCCAUUUGUGACUUUUUCAAACAAUAACGCAAUCCCAUGCAAAACCAUUCACCCGUGGCAAACUGUGCCCCAGGAAUUGCCCACUGCUGGAAUGGGCAGAUGCCGUUAUUCUGAAUUGACAACAAACUACAGGACGUCACAGUAUGAUAUGAUUGGACAUUGUCAUUAUUUUUUAAUUAUUCAUGUGGCAAUUUUUAAAUAUUAAAAUUUACAUUAAUAUCUUUUGACCAGAACGUUUCAAUGAGAAUGAUAAUGCUAAUGACAUUUUAAUACCUUGAGAGCAACAGUUUGGCACAUUGGUGGUUCCUGAGAUUUCAUGUGAAAUUGAAAUUCAAGUUCCUUGAAUUCCUGGAAGGGAAGUGGUAGUGAAUUCAACAGUAAUAAACAAAAACAAAAAAAAAAAUAAGUUGCAAAUUCUGUAAGUACUUAGCAGGUG